UCGUUGCAGGCUGCUCUUUUAUAUAUAGACUCUUUGAAACCAGGAGAAUCUUUUUCGUAUAGACAGUUAGCCAAGAAAUACUGUAUUUCCCGCACUACUUUGACCAACCACCACCAACGUUGGAGAAGGACUAAUAAAGAUGCCCACAAAGAUUAACGUCUCCUCCACCCACACGAUGAGGCUGAGCUUGUAAAAUACAUUAAAAGCUUCACAGAGACUUACUGCCCACCUACGCGGCAGAUAAUAAUUAAUUUUGCGACCCCCUUGUGCAGUUGGGAGCCCUUAGAUUAGUAGGUUUCUAGGCUCAUUCACUGUCACCCUAAUAACCUUACUACUGCCUGGACCACCCCCAUAGAAAGCACGCGUUAUGCAGCUGAUAACUGUGAAAGAUAUUAUCUAUAAGGUCAACACCUUUACCAAAUCGUUGAUACUCCGAGCCUUUAAAGUCACGGGUAUAUACCUACUUCACCCAGACGGGCCAGACGUCAUACUUGAUUACUUCAAGAAGGUAACUCUACCACCACCCGCAACGCCUCCCCAGCAAUCAGAGCCUUGGGCGGCAUCUACCUUACCUAAUUAGCGACGUUUUAGGUCAUCUUUUGACUGUGCAGUGACGUAUGGGGACCCAGGGGCGCAGAGUGAGGCAAGGCAGCAGAUGCACCAGAUGCACAUGGCUCUUGAGCUCAAAGAUCAGGAACUUCAGGGCCUCAAAACAGCACUAGAGAGUAAGAAGAAGCGUUAAAAGAAGAAGAAAGUAUUGCCACUGUCACCGCGGGACCCUAAUGUACAAGGGGGGGCCAUAUUCUGGGAUCCUUCAUCUGUUGCACGUGCCAAGACCCGUAUAAAGGAUAUAGAGAAGCAGGCAAUCGCAGAUGAC